AUGCAGAUCCAUCUCGGACUGAGCGCGUGGAAGCUGGACGCGUCGUCGUGGAAGCCAGUCAGCGACGAGCUCGUCAAGGAAGCGCUCGAGAUCACGCUCGACGUCACAACACACCCAGUCAUGCUCAUGUGCAGCUCUGGCAUUCAUCAGACAGGAACGAUCGUGGGCUGUCUAAGACGACUCCAGAACUGGAAUCUGACAUCAAUUUUAAACGAGUAUCGGUUAUAUGCUGGCUCCAAGAGUCGGUACACGAACGAGCAAUUCAUUGAACUUUUCGAUCUCGAUCUAGUGCGCGUGCCUCUCAGUCCUCCGGCGUGGUUUGUGCAAAUGACCGAGCCAAUCGAGGGUGCGGUCAAUUACAACGAAACGGCCGAACGAUGACAAAUUUCUGCCUCCCCCAGCAAUGUUUGCGUCGAA